UUUGACAUUUCAGCUGAUUAUUCUCCAUUUCUCCAUCCAUUCGAGUGGUACAAAGUGAAAAAUAUCUUUAAAAUUCUUCAUCCUACUGAAUUUUAAUAUUCAUUUGAUUUAUUUUUAAUCUCUUGUUUUCGCACACGUUUUUAAGGAACUAAGGAAAAAUGGCUGAGCCAAUUCGUGUUGUUGUCACUGGCGCUGCCGGUCAGAUCGCCUACUCCUUGCUGUAUAUGAUUGCACGAGGCGAGGUGUUCGGCAAGGAUCAACCCUUAGUUUUGCAUUUACUCGAUAUUCCACCAAUGAUGGGUGUACUAGAGGGUGUUGUUAUGGAGUUGGCUGAUUGCGCACUGCCACUCUUGCGUCAAGUUAUCCCCACCGCAGAUCCCGCUGUUGGUUUUAAGGAUGUGUCCGCUGCCUUUUUGGUCGGCGCAAUGCCACGCAAAGAAGGUAUGGAACGUAAGGAUCUCUUAUCCGCCAAUGUGAAAAUCUUUAAGGCACAAGGUCAAGCUAUUGACCAGCAUGCACGCAAGGAUAUUAAGGUUUUGGUUGUUGGUAACCCAGCCAAUACCAAUGCAUUGGUAUGCUCGCACUAUGCUCCCUCAAUUCCACGUGAGAAUUUCACAGCCAUGACCCGUUUGGAUCAGAAUCGUGCCACCGCACAGAUCGCCGCUAAAUUAGGCGUGCCAAUUAGUGCCGUUAAAAAUGUUGUAAUCUGGGGUAACCACUCGUCCACACAAUUCCCCGACCCUAGCAAUGGUAUUGUUGAUGUUGACGGUAGCUCCAAGCGCGUUUGGGAUGCUGUCAACGAUGCUGCCUUCUUACAAGGUAACUUUGUAGAGACCGUACAGAAGCGUGGUGCCGCUGUUAUUGCCGCGCGUAAAAUGUCAUCAGCCAUGUCGGCGGCUAAGGCUGCCUGUGAUCAUAUGCACGAUUGGUGGCACGGUACUGCUGCCGGCCAGUUCGUCUCUAUGGGUGUAGUUUCAGAUGGUAGCUACGGUGCUCCCAAGGAUGUUGUUUUCUCAUUCCCAGUAGAGAUCAGCAAUGGUAAAUGGAAGAUUGUACAAGGUUUGCAAUUGGAUGACUUUGCCAAAUCAAAGCUUGCCAUCACUGGCAAGGAACUGGAAGAGGAGAAAGGCGAAGCGAUGGCUGUUUGUUCUUCGGAUUGACUAGUUAAAUCUGAUGCUAAGUUGUAAAGCGCACGCUGCAUGUUCAAUUAUAACUUCUUAUAUAUAUAUGUAUAUGUACGUAUAACUGUAGCACAGUGCUAAU